GCGGGGGCGGCGGUUGACCGGGUGACUGCGGCGCGGCCCGAGGCUGCAGGCACGGCUGGCUCGCCCCCCCGCAUGACCCUCCCUCCGGGGGACAUGCCGCCUCGCCCUCCUCGGCCGCGCCCGCCCGCUGCCCAGUUCCGCCCUCGGCCGGACCGGGUCUGACGGAGCCGGGCAGCCAUGAGCGCCAACCCGCAGUGGGACAUAAGCAGGGCGCUGGGAGUGGCCAGGCUCUUCCACGUGGUGUGUGGGGUCCGGGAUGCCUGCGUGACCCCGUUUCUGACCCUCUACCUGAGGCAACUGGGCUUGGCCGCGCCCUGGGUGGGCAUCCUAAUGGGAACCAAGCACCUGAUCGCAGCCUUCUGGGCUCCCUUCUGUGCCUUCCUGGCCAAAAGCUUCCAGAAAAGGAGGGCGCUUCUGAUAGGCUCGCUGCUUGGCUCGGUGGGAGCCAGCCUGUUGAUGGUCCUGGUGCCGCCGCUGGACAAAGAUCUGGGGUACCGCUCCUGUAACGGCAGCCGCAGCGUGACCACCACAGUCCGACCCCCCGGGGUCGUACUAACUGUGAACUUCACCUUGGCCCCAGAGCCUGCCUCAAACCACCCAGCGGGGGCACCCAGCCUCCCAGCCAGGAGGAGUAUUGGGAUCCGGAACGCCUCUGGCUUCAGAAAAGGACCUGGGGCAAGUGUCCAAGAACCUUUCAGUUACCUACCCAGCUACUUUGUGAGCUCCGCUGAAGGAGCCAGGACCACAUCCGGAGUUCAUCCUAUCACUUCAGGGGUGAAAGAUGCUUCCCGGGAAGGUGCUUUUAAGGUGGUCAGUACUGCCCUCCCUUUGCUUGCUGAGGGUCCAGUGCUGGGAAGUCCAGCCAACUUGUCUGCAACCAACGGGGACACAGGGGCCCUUGACCUCUCCUUGGAAGGCUUACGAUGGACCCUCAUUCUCUCGUUGGGGGCCAUGGCGUUCUGGGAGCUGCUGACAGCCCCUCUGGAGCGGGUUGCGGAUGACAGCCUUUAUGAGUACCUGGAUUUUGUGGAUGCCACUGACCGUUACAGAAACCUAUGGAUCUGGAGGCUUCUGGGCAUGUCGGCAGGCGUGUGUGGCAUUGCAGCCUUGGUGGGACAGCUGGACUGCUUCCUGAUGCCAAGUGGCCCCCGGGGUGUGCUACACUUCUAUGGCUACUCGCUGGUCAGCACCCUGGCUUUACUGACAUUUCAGCGCAGAAUGGAAACCCUGAACCUACGCUGGGAGGAACUGGGCAUCAAGGAGACGCAGCUGAAGGCCCACAUUCAGAAGUUUGAGCAAUUCAUCCAGGAGAAUGACCAGAAACGAAUCCGAGCCCUGAAGAAAGCCACCAAGGAGCGAGAACUCAAGAGGCAGCGCAUGCAUGAGCUGGCCAAGGCCAAGCAGGAGAUGGCGGUUCUGAAGCUGGAGCACCAGCGGUUGAGCAGCAAGCUGCAGGACUACUCCAUCUUCAACAAGUACCUGGAGAAGGUGGUGGAGAACUCCGAGUUCGAAGAGAUCCACGAGGUGAUGGCGCGCUACAAGACGCUGGUAAGCAUGCACCACGACCUCAUGCAGUCAGCACAGGAGGGCCAGGAGAAGAUCGAGCAUGCCAAGGCGCGGCUGGCACACUACAUGGAGGAGAAGGACGAUGAAAUCCUGCAGCACAACAACGAGCUAGCGCGCCUGCAGAUGCGCUUCGACCGCGCCCGCAGUGAUGUCAUCGUCUGGGAAUCUCGCUGGGCACACAUCCAGAACACCGCCGCCAAGAAGACCCUCUUGCUGGGCACAAUUAAGAUGGCAACACUGAAUCUCUUCCAGAUUGUGAGCAAGCAGCUGAAGGAGACGACCUAUGUGUCCCUGGAGGACACGCACAAACAGCUGGACAUGAUCCAGCAGUUUAUCCAGGACCUGUCAGACCUCUGGGCAGAGGUAAAGAAAAAGGACCAACAGCAGAUCCGGUUUUAAGGAGCAGCUAUGGUUCCACAGUGUUCUGAGACAGAGACAGAGAGAAUAAGUUCCUGGUGAGCUUGCAGUCCGGUUAGCCAAGUCCAGCCCCCUGGGACCCCUGCCCCUUUCUACCGCCA